GGGAGUGUUCCUCAGGGACAGGGAGGUGUCCUGAGGGCCCGGGAGAGUUCCUGAGGGCCCGGGAGUGCCCGUGAGGGCCUGUCCAGCCCAAAUCCAAGAGACUGUGGGUUAGAAUAACCUGUGCACCAGAACAGGUGACUGAGCCAUAGGUGGUGGAAUAUGGCUGGACAAAUAUCAGAGUCUGACCAGAUCAAGCAGUUCAAGGAAUUUCUUGGCACGUACAAUAAACUUACAGAAAACUGCUUCCUGGAUUGCAUAAAGGAUUUCACCAGCAGAGAUGUGAAACCAGAAGAGAUGACCUGCUCAGACAACUGCCUGCAGAAGUAUUUAAAGAUGACACAGAGGAUCUCCAUGAGAUUCCAGGAGUACCACAUCCAGCAGAACGAGGCUCUGGCAGCCAAGGCAGGACUGCUCAGCCAACCUCGUUAGAGGAGAGCCCUGUGCUCAGACUUACCAAGCUGUGCCAGAACACAGUUGGGAAUUCCUGCUGUUGGGAUGUGUGUCCAGCAGCUUGGAACAGAGUUCCAGGUACUGCUCAGACAGUGGGAUCCAUGAAGGGUUAAACAGGAAGUCAGUCAUGGUGGCCUGGCCAUGGAGUCUGUCUCCGAGGUCCUUUUCACUCCACAGUGAUGUGGAUACAACCCUUCCCAGGGCCCACAGACUGGUGUGUUUGAAUUCCAAGGGUGGUGGGAGGGUUAAACUGCCUUUUGCUGGGACUGGUUGAGAUGAAUCAAUGGAAUAUGGGAAAUACACUUUUUUAUUUAAUUCAAAUAAAAUCAGUGGGAGCUGGAC